GGAGCCUCAGGGGGGCGCUGUUGCGUCGUGCUGAGGAAAAUCCGUGACGCAGGGUAAGACGUCAUCACGCUCCACUUCCGUCUUCUUCCAUACGGUUUGUUUGAGAGUUUGCAGCUUUUCUUUCAGCCCCCAAAAAACUAAAUAAGUGCGAGGCGGUAUCCAUGAACUUGUCAGUUUUGUGCUACAAGUGAGACUUGAGAUGGAUUAUCACUAGGUGUUUUUGUCUCUUCAUCUCUGUCCAUGGAGUCCGCGGAAAAUCAAACCCCAGAGCCCGAGCUGGUGGCAGGCUUCAGCUCUAUUCGGGAGCGCACCAUCGCCGAGAACAGCCUGGUGAUCCUGCUGCAGGGGCUGCAGGGACAGGUGACCACCGUCGACCUGCGGGACGAGAGCACGGCACGGGGCCACGUGGUCAACGUGGACGCCUUCAUGAACAUACGCCUGAAGAAGGUGCUGCACCGGGACCGGCGGGGGCGGCUCACGCAGCUGGAGGACCUCUUUGUCACCGGCAGGAACGUCCGCUACGUUCACAUCCCCGACCACAUGGACAUCAUGGAGACCAUACAGGGCCAGCUGGCCAAGAGCCACCGCGUCCGCAACUUUGCCGGCGGAAGGAAAGAAUAUGCCAAGAAAAAGUCGUAGUCCUUUUUUUUUUGUAGAGAGAUGCACAAUUUGUACUUGAUUGUGUUGUUUCAAAGACUGGAACGAGUUCAAAAGUCAUCUGGAGACAUGGAACAUUUUAAGACAAGCAUCACAUCAGACAUUGAGUUGACUCUGUUUAAAGUUUUUGUGUUUUGGUAACUGAACUAGAAGGGCGGUGUUACAUUGGUAUAAUUAAUAUCAUGAUAUGAAACUAGAAACUAAAGAUUUCCUGGAAUUUUGGACAUCAUAAAAUCAUGAUAUGGCAUACAUGUUGCUUUUCGUUGUUUUAAAGUCCAAAUACAAUGAAGGAAUGCACUGAUUAGACUGUUUUUAUUGUUUUCCUCUACCUGCUCGGUCAUCAUAUCCACAUUACUAAUAAUUGUUUCUAAGAACUCUUUGGUGGCCAUCCCUGCAGUAUUAUCACAAUAUUGACACUGAGGUAUGUCAGAGAUAUUGUGAUAUUUUUUCCAUAUUGCCUGGCCCUGUAUACCAGAGGUGGACUUUUUGCCUCAUUUUCUUUUGAAGCAGAAAUAACCGAGAUAUUUUUGUUGGGAAAUUGUAAAUAAAGACAUUUCUUUUGCAAGUAA